AUGGUUAGCCGCACCAGGAUUUCUUUCCUCAACUGUUUUUUUACGGCACGAGUUGUGCGCUCCGCUUUUGUAUCCAGCGGAGAAGAUAAUACGACAUCUCACCGCGAGACUCAUGUCGGGUUAAGACUAGCCAUUAUUGCUAUGGACCUGACUCAGUGGGCUAAGCUUGCCGAUCUGCAAGCUCAGACAGUCACCAUCGAUUGUAUCACAUCGUAUUUACGAUCUCAUGCUCUGCGGAUCACAACGCUUUACAAAGAGACUUUCAAGCGCACGUUUUGCUCUUUAACUGAGUACAUGGUACUCUCGAAUGCUGCGUUUUGGUCCGGCGAGAAACGCCCGGUUGCUAAAUAUGUAUAG